GGGUGGGGGGAAACUCGCAACACUUUUCCGAAAAUUCGCGUCUCCCGGCACACCGUGAAUAGUCCGAUUCCGACCGAAAAAUGUCCGACGAAGUGGCCAAGGCUCAGGCAGCCAAUCCGGAGGAAGACACUAUUUUUGGGAAAAUUUUACGCAAAGAAAUCCCUUGCUCUUUUAUUUACGAAGACGACCAGUGCGUUGCGUUUAACGAUAUCAGUCCGCAAGCCCCGGUGCACUUUCUGGUGAUUCCCCGGAAGCCGAUCGCGCAGCUAUCGAAGGCAUCGGCAGAGGAUGGAGCCCUUCUUGGCCAUUUGAUGCUGGUCGGCAAGAAGCUCGCGGCAGAGCAAGGACUUGGCGAUGGGUUCCGUGUGGUCAUCAACGACGGAGCAAACGGUGCCCAGUCGGUGUACCAUCUGCACUUGCACUUUCUCGGCGGAAGACAGAUGAAAUGGCCACCAGGCUAAGCCUUCGAUUUGCGUGCGUCUAUCUAUCGCUGCAAGCCUUAUCGGAUCGGAAAUAAAUCAGGAUCGCUAAUCA